AACUCUGUUGUAAUUGUUAGUCUACAUUUUUCAUCAAAAUGGGUUGGUUAGUGGAAGCUAUCAUUGCUUCGAUAUUGUUGUCUUUGUGUUUUGCAAUAACAGAGUCAGCUCCAAAAUCUGCUCUCAUAACCAAACUUCCUGGUUUCAACGGCAGUUUUCCAUCUAAACACUAUGCCGGGUAUGUGGCAAUAGAUAAACAACGUAAUAAGAAUCUAUGGUAUUACUUUGUGGAAUCUGAGAGAAAUGCUUCAGUAGAUCCAGUUGUGCUUUGGCUUAAUGGUGGUCCAGGUUGCUCUAGCAUGGAUGGAUUUGUCUACGAGCACGGUCCAUUCAAUUUCGAACCAAAAAAGAAAAACUCACAUCUUUUGCAUCUCAAUCCUUAUAGUUGGUCAAAGGUGUCCAAUAUCAUAUACCUUGACUCUCCAGUUGGUGUGGGAUUCUCUUACUCAAACGACAACGCCGAUUAUACAACUGAUGAUACAAAAACCGCGUCUGAUUCUCACAGAUUCCUUCUCGAGUGGUUUAAAAUGUUUCCGGAGUUUCAGUCAAAUCCGUUCUUUAUAUCAGGAGAAUCAUAUGCUGGUAUCUAUGUGCCAACUCUUGCGGCCGAGGUUGUCAAAGUUACUGAUGAGGUCUUUGAUGGUAAUGCUCUUGUUCCCUUCACACAUGGGAUGGGACUCAUUUCUGAUGAACUCUAUGAGGAAACUAAAUUACUGUGCAAUGGAACAUACUAUACGACCGACCACACAGGUGUAAGUAACGAAUGUGCUGACAAGCUUAAAAAGGUGUCAGAUACUGUGAGCUUAUUGAACAUAUAUAACAUUCUAGAACCGUGCUACCACGGAACAUCUCUAUCCUCCUUAGAUAUCGAGUUUCUGCCUAAGAGUCUCCUUACUCUAGGCAAAACAGAAAAGCCAAUGGCCGUGAGAAAGAGAAUGUUUGGUCGUGCAUGGCCUCUAGGUGCCGUUGUGCGUCCAGGCAUUGUACCUAGUUGGUCUCAACUACUCGAGGGCUCUGGUGUUCCUUGCAUUGACGAUACAGUUGCGACCAAAUGGCUAAACGAUCCAGCUGUAAGGAAAGCGGUUCAUGCUAAAGAGGAAAGACAGAUUGGUAAUUGGGAGUUAUGCUCAAGCCAACUCGAAUAUAGGCACGACACUGGUAGCAUGAUCGAAUACCAUAGAAACCUCACUCUUAGUGGCUUUCGAGCUCUCAUUUUCAGUGGAGAUCAUGAUAUGUGUGUACCAUAUACUGGCUCUGAAGCAUGGACUAAGGCAAUGGGAUACAAAGUGGUUGAUGAGUGGAGACCAUGGAUUUCAAAUAACCAAGCCGCUGGGUUUACACAAGGUUAUGCCAAUAAUCUCACAUUUCUAACCAUCAAGGGUGCAGGACAUACCGUUCCAGAAUACAAACCACGUGAAUCUUUGGACUUCUAUAGUCACUUCAUAGCUCUCUCACUACAAAACACCGGCUCAUACGCCGCCGCGUGGCACCGUGUCUCCGCCAUUGACACGCCGCAAACAAGCUACUUGAAAGCUAAAUACGCAGCCGAACGUUACCAGAUUCUCCAGUUCGCUCUCUGCCCUUUCUCUCUUCACGGCUCCAAACUCACUGUUCACCCAUAUAACUUUCAUUUGUUUCCUCGUGAUGAAUUGAAGUGUGGGAUGCCUUCUUAUAGCUUCUCUUGUCAAGCUUCACGUUUAACAGCUAUGGCUAGAGAAGGAUUUGAUUUCAACACUUGUAUCUAUGAAGGAAUUUCAUACUUAUCUAGAGCACAAGAGUCUGCGUCGAAGUUUCUCUCCGGGAAUCCGAUAUUAGCUGAUCUUGUUACUGUAUCUUCUUCUCCGGCUACUGUAGCUGAUACCGUCUUUGUAGGAAGGAUUAGAUCACGUGUCAAGAAUUGGAGACAGUCUUGUAUAGACUCGGGUUCAAAGACAGGAGAUGAUGAUUUGGUGAGCUCUUUGAGAAGACUGGUGUUGGGGAGUGAGCAGUAUGGUUCAAGGCUGUGUUUGACGAUUGAUGUUUGCAGUGAGCGUCAAGUGCAACUUAUCCUAGAGAUGUUGACUGAGUUCUCUGACGAUGUUGUCCCUCUACUCGUCGCUUCAAAGAGCAGAGGAACACAAGCAGUUCGUACUGUCUUUAUGAGUUCGAAGGAGGACAAGGAUCUUUUUAAGAGAGAGCUUCAAGAUCUUGAAAAAGAAGAAAACAGGCGCGUUCGUGGCUUUCGGGAAGUCGUUGAUUUGAUUUCUUCUUCACAGAAACCUGUCGUUUCCCAGAAUUAUCUUAGCGAUUUUACUUCCAUUCAUACCAAAUUCCUGGGUCCUCUACCUUCAAAUGUGGAUGACUUCAGCAGUUCACUGAGCUCAGCAUUUCCCAAUGUUGUGGAUCUGAGUCAGUUCAUGAAAAAGAUUAGUCCCGUAAGUAAUAUAAGCAAUCUACCUGCAGCUAUGUCCUCCUUGAAUAGGUUCUUUGUAUCUGUGGAUGUGGAAGUGGCUAAUCAAGGCUGUCCGGUCAAAUUAAACGAGGGCCAUCAGAGUCACGGGCAGAAUGCUGUGAUGAUAUCUCAGCUUUUUGCGAAACUGUGUACCAUACAGAAAUCAGAUCAAUUGACUGUCCAAUCAAAUGAAGAAUUACAAGCUUUAACUUCUGAUGAACAUGCAAAUUCUGCCACCUCUUGCUCUAAAAAAGCAGGCGAUGAAAAUGUUAAAGUUUGGUCAAAGAACAGCCGGAGAGUAAGCUCUGAGAACUUGGUGUUCAUAUGGGGGUUAGCAAAAAAGAUGACAGCUGCAAAACUGAAGAAUGUCCUACAAAAGUCACACCCUGUGUUUGCGCAAGAUUUUGAUGUUAAAUACUUAGACCGGAGCUGUGCUAUUUUAGUAUUUUGGGAGUCAGGUCCUUCGGAAACUUUCCUCAAUGCGGUUAACAAUGAAGAGCAACUUGAUGGUUCCUUAAGAGAGAUGGUUGCACAAGGGCUAAGAGCUUCCGGUUACGAGACUUACAAGAGAGCAUGUAGAUUAGGCUUCUGGGAGGCGGACUUGGCGAAAUCUUUAGACAAAGCAUUGGAAUCUUCAGAUACCGAUCCUGAUUGGGACACCAAACCAUCAGAGAUUGAUUGGUCAAACGAACUAGCUAUUAAUUUUGAUGAGCUAUGAAUAGUUCUGGUUCAUUACAGAACCAAUGUAUACCCCAAAUUGAGCACGUUAAUGCAUUUUUGUUCUUCCAUGAGUUAUUUGUCUAAA